AUGUUUUCGAAUUUUCUCAUGGAAAAUCGUUUUGCGAUAUGUUUGACUUUGGCGAUAUUAUGGUUAAUUCAUAAAGUGCGCCUUGUAGUCUGGCCCCCAAAUGACUUUCCUAAGAACAUACCUACUAUUCCAUUUUACGUCACUUUUAUAGGGGCUAUCUCAAAUUGGGAUCAGGAGAAAAUUUACAAUGUAUACUAUAGGGAAAAAAUGGAGAAAUAUGGCGCAGUCAAGGUUUACUUUGCUUCCAGGUGGAAUAUCUUGGUCACAAGACCCGAAUACUUGGUGCAAGUGUUGAAAAACAACGAUACUUUUGAAAAAAGCGGCAAUCAAGAGAAAAUUCCUCAUAGUGUACUAGCUGAAUAUACGGGGGACAAUGUGAUUAGUGCUGGCAACGAGAACUGGAAGAAGUAUAGGAAAAUUGUCACCUCCAGCAUCCUAUUCCCCGACCUUACGCCAUUAGGGAGCAACACUGAUGAAUUUGUCUCACAAUUGAAGCAAACAGCCACAAAAAAUGAAGUCGCUGUUUCCUCGUCGAUACAGAAAUUGACCAUGGCAAAUAUUGGUGACUGUGUGCUUGGUGUGGACUUGCACACCUCAAAUCAAUCUGGGUUCCAGAUAUACCAGGAACUUCAGAAAGUAAAAGCCCAGAUUUUCCGGCCGCUCUUCAUGAGCUUUCCUUUCUUGGACAGCCUACCUAUCAAAAGUCGGGUUCUAGCUCGGAAAUCCGUACGAGCUUUCAAGGAGCACUACUGCCAGAAAAUAGUCGACGAAAUCACACCCGAAAAGCUCCCUCGCCUUGGACCCAAGCUUGCCUCAAGCUUCCAACAUCAUGAAAUCUCAGAGAAGCAGUUCCAAGAUAACGCCAUCAUCGUGUUAGUGGCAGGGCAUGAGAAUCCUCAACUUCUCAUCACAUCCCUCAUGUAUAUUCUUGCAAAGCACUGUGACGUCCAGCAAAUAUUACGCACUGAAUUGAGCCACUACGAGAAGAAAGAGGACAAAGAAAAGUCUCCGUUGCUCAAUGCUGUGGUGUAUGAAACCCUAAGGUUGUAUCCACCCAUCGGACAGAUAAUCAACAGAAAAACCACACACAAAGUUUUCCUCGGAAAUGACGUUGUCAUUCCCAAGGACGCCUACGUCGGAUAUAAUAACUUCGGAACUCAAAGAGAUUCAAAAUACUGGCAGAAUCCCGACGACUUCCGCCCUGAGCGGUGGGGCCAGACUUAUAAUGAAAUACAGAGCAAGUACGCUAUGGCCAAGAGCAAUUGCACAUUACCUGCUUUUCACGGAAGAGCCCGAGGGUGUUUGGGUGAGAAAUACGCCUUGAAGCAGGUUAAACAAGUGACGGUUGCAAUUGUUGAAGAGUUGGAAUUUCUACUUAGUCCCGAGUGGAACGAACAAAUCACCUCAGCAGGUCCCAUUUGCCCUCUCAACUUAAAGUUACUUAUUCGUCCAUACGACAAACCUAACAAUAAUAGAGGCAACUCUGUUAUUUGA